GGCGUUAGUUGCUGUUGCCACUGCAUCUUUCCUCGGACGAAUGACAGCAGCUCCAUCAUCACUUGAAAGGGAGAGUAGUGAGGGAGUACCGACUGAGGCUUCUACUGUAGCUGACACGACAGCUGAGAUGGGAAGAGAACACAUGGUCGAAGGCCAGAAACAGUACGACAUAUGUACGACUGAUGCCCAGACGAAGCAUAUGCAGGCUAAGGACCUGUACACUGAGGAGUGGACUGAGUAUCAGCAUCGAGUGAAGGCGGAUACUGACUGGCCCAAGGUCGAGUGCUUCGUGAAGGAUCUCCUGGAAUACGAUCUAUCUACUGAACAGUCCUACAAGGCUUCAUAUCGAGCAGUGCUGCGGAAGGCCAAACUGGUUCCUAGUAAGGCCCAGCUGCAGGCGGCCUAUACUACCCUGGUUACACGGGGAGACGUCCAACAGAACGAACACUUUGAGCGCAUCUUCCUCAAGAAGUCUAUUCGUUCCAACUCGGGAGUAGUGGUCAUCACCAUAGUCACUGCCCCCGGACCCUUCUCUUGUCCCAAUGAUUGCUAUUAUUGCCCUAAUGAACCUGGCCAGCCGAGGUCCUACUUGUCUACGGAGCCGGCAGUAGCGCGAGCAAAUCAGAACAAGUUCGAUCCAGUAUUGCAGUUUUGGGACCGUGCAACCACUCUAGCGAGACAAGGACAUACUGUGGAUAAAGUUGAGAUCAUCGUCUUGGGUGGAACGUGGUCCUUCUACCCUCCAGAGUACCAGGAGCAGUUCUGCAGAGAUCUGUUCUAUGCUGCUAAUGUCUUCAACGAGAAUGCCAUCGCAAAGAAUAGGAAGUUGGAUGUAUCUUCCUUGGAGGCGCACAGCAUGCCUGCCCUGAAUAGCCUAUAUCGCGGAAAGCUCUCUUUGGAGGAGGAACAGGUUCGGAAUGAAGUUUCUGAUUGCAAGAUCAUUGACUCGUCCGGACUACAUAAACCCAACAGAGCUGAGAAGGCUGAGGACUCUAGGAUGCACAGAGUCCAGAUCGGUGUACAGCAUACGGACAACCAAAUAUUGAAAACUAUCAACAGAGGUCACACCGUGGAAGAUUCCAUUAAGGCCGUGAAGCUUCUGAAGGAGUCCUGUUUCAAGGUGGACAUUCACCUCAUGCCCGACUUGCCUACUUCCGACCCCGAGAAGGACAGGGAGAUGUUCCAGUUCGUGCUGGAGACCCCCCAUCUACAGGCCGACCAUUGGAAGAUCUACCCUUGUGAGGUCACCCCCUUCAGCACCAUCGAGAAGUGGUAUAGUGAAGGCAGCUAUAUACCCUACACCGAGAAAAACCCGAAGUUGCUCGUGGACUUAUUGGUGUGGACUAAGGCUCGGGUGCAUCCCUGGAUACGGCUUAAUCGAGUGAUUCGGGAUAUUCCGGAGGUCUCCAUCAUCGCUGGCAACCAGAAUACCAACCUUCGACAGAUGAUUUUCAAGGAGCUCGCCAAGCAGGGAAAGUACUGCAGAUGCAUACGAUGCCGGGAAGUGAGGGAUUGGCCUGAAGACGAUUCCCUUCUACGACUCGUCAAGCGAUGGUAUCGUAGUAGUGAUGGCGAUGAGUGUUUCCUUAGCUUUGAGGGGAGCAUUGAUCGAGGAGUGGGUGGUGGGGCUACUGAAAGAGGCAUGAAGAAGAAGCUGAAGAAGGAGGAGAAGAAGAAAAGCAAGAAGCAACGCAAGGCCCAGCGGACAGAGAGUUCUGCUGCGGAGACGCCCGGGAUGGGGUCCUUGGUCUUGGCCAAGCUCAGUGCGGGUGCUGACAAAUGCGUUACACUACAGCAGUCCGUAUGGAGAGCAGCUCGAUCUUGGGUAUUUGGGACUGGUCUCGAGGAUGCGACACCAAAGGAUAACGCUCCACUGUAUGGACUCUUGCGGCUCCGUUUCAACGACAACGGGCUGACCCAGCGACAUAAGGUCUUCCCGGAGCUCAGCGGCUGUGCUCUGAUUCGCGAGCUUCAUGUUUACGGCACAGUACAAGCUGUUCGCCAGCAUAAGGCUGAUAGAGCAAUGAGCCAGAUCUCCAACGCUACAUCGUUGCACUCAUCCAGUCACUUAUCAUCGGCAGCAGGGGGAACGGAUGUAGCUCCAGUGCAGCACACAGGCCUGGGCAGAAGAUUAUUGGCUGAAGCUGAGCGCAUGGCGGUCGAGCGAGGAUACUCCAAGAUCGCAGUCAUCUCAGGUGUGGGCGUCCGGAACUACUACAGGAAGUUCGGGUAUAGGAUGCCUGGUGAAGGAGUAGGCCACUUCCUUAUCAAGGAUCUCAGCUCACAGCUAGAGGCCCAUAGAGCUCAAUGCGAACGGGUUCGGAGGAGGCAGAUAGUGUUGGAGACCACAACCGUUGUCGGGAUCGCCACUCUGUGCGGCCUUGGGGUUGCGUAUCUGGCUCGCAGGAGGAAUUAGGGCAUCAGGCUCUAGUGGCAGCUGCAGUGGAGGAAGUUUCUGGUAGAGUUUCACUCCUUCUCCUCUUGCCUGUAUUUGGUGGUGUAUACGCUGCUGUAUGUAUUUGUACAACGUCUCAUAAUCAACCGCUGUAUU